UGUCCCUCUAGUUCCAAGUAAGUGCUCUGCUGUCACACGGGAGAAUAGGAGCUCGGAGAGAGCAGGUUUUCUUCAUCUCAGUAGGAGGAGAGACACAUGGCUGCUUAAAGAGGAGCUGAAGAAGAAGAAGAAGAAGAGAGGGCAGACCCCUGACCCUCCGGCCUGGAGAUGCAAUAGGUCUCAAGUUUUCCAGAGGACAAAUGAGUUGUCAUCGGAAACCAUUUUUCCUCUGUGAUAUGGAUUCAACCUGCAGCUCCUGACAAUGUUGGUGGAGUUUACACAGUGGCCUGAGGGCAGGAUAGACCGGCAGACAAACAUUGAGUGUAGGAUGGAGGAAGCAGCCGAGGACAGAGACAAGAUGACCAGCCAGCAGGGUCUGUGUGACCCUGAUCAGAAGACCAGAAAAUGCCCCGGGAUCUCCACUCUCAAAUUGUUUAUUGUGGCACUGUCCUUCGCCUGCUUCUCCAAAGCUCUGGCAGGAACCUAUAUGAAGAGCUCCAUCACUCAGAUUGAGAGACGUUUCGACCUCUCCAGCACGCACGUCGGACUCAUAGAUGGCAGUUUUGAAAUGGGCAACUUGCUGUUUCUCGCUGUGGUCAGCCAUUUUGGGGCCAGGCUUCAUCGGCCCAAAUUCAUUGCUGUGGGCUGUUUCCUUAUGGCCGCAGGGUCCUUUCUCACGGGCCUGACGCACUUCUUCAUGGGACGCUACGAGUACAGCACAGUCAUCCAGGGUUUCCAGAAUGACAGUGUGACCAUCGCAGCCUGUGUGGAUCCUCUGAAAACAGAAGUACCUGAAGUUCAGAUUGAGCCUUCUGUGGAAGUCAACAAAGCCUGUGUGAGAGAGUCUAGUUCCCACAUGUGGAUCUAUGUGUUCCUGGGGAACGCUCUGCGAGGGAUCGGAGAAACCCCGGUUACGCCUCUGGGCAUUUCUUACAUCGACGAUUUUGCCAGAGCUGAAAACUCGCCCUUCUAUAUUGCUUGUCUCCAGACCAUCACUCUCCUGGGUCCCAUGUUUGGUUUCCUCCUGGGCUCCUAUUGUGCCAAACUAUAUGUUGACAUUGGAUAUGUUGAUAUCGAGAGUGUGACCAUCACUCCUAAAGAUGCCCGCUGGGUGGGCGCCUGGUGGAUGGGCUUCAUAGCGUCCUCCGCUCUCCUCCUCAUCUCCAGCAUUCCCUUCUGGUUCCUGCCCCGCUCGCUGCCGAAGCAGAAGGGAGACGACGGCAAGCCAACUCCCGCCCUUGAGACCCUGGAUGGGAUAGAUGAUGCCCCCAACAACCAUCACAACCUCAAGCUGACUGACAUCGCUAAAGGGUUUUUUCCCUCGCUAAAGCGUCUGUUGGGAACUCCUACCUACUUCCUGCUCCUUUGUGGGAGCAUCCUGAAGUUCAACUCCUUCAUCGGCCUGUUUACCUUCAAAGCCAAAUACAUGGAACAACAGUUUGGACAGUCUGCCUCCAGAGCUAACUUCCUCAUAGGUGUGUUGAACCUGCCGGCGGUGGCGGGGGGGAUCUUCCUGGGAGGGCUGCUGAUGAAGAGGUAUAAACUGAGUUUGGUGUCAGGAGCACAGCUCUCUUUUGCCACAUCCUUCCUGGCGUACCUCCUCAUGCUGCUGCAGUUCGGCACCAAGUGUGAUAACAUCCCCAUGGCUGGGCUCACCAUCUCAUACAACGGGACGCAGCUUAUAUCAUCCGACAGGGAUAUGCUCUUCUCAGAGUGCAACAGAGACUGCUCGUGUUCAGCAGAGGAGUGGGACCCCGUGUGCUCAGACAGCGGCAUCACCUACGUCUCUCCGUGUAUGGCCGGCUGCCUCAGCUCCAGUGGAUACGGCAAGAACACAGUCUUCCACAACUGCAGCUGCGUGUCCGCCUCUUACCCAGCAGGCAGCAGUACGUCCGUAAGGCUGGGCCAGUGUCCUCAUGCCAAGGACUGCGGCCGUAGUUUCACCUCCUACAUGGCCGUAUCUGUCCUCAGCUCCUUCAUCAACUCUCUGGGAACCACGCCUGGCUACAUGGUCAUCAUACGGUGCAUCUCACCAGAGCUCAAAUCCCUUGCGCUAGGUAUCCAGGCCAUGGUAGCUAGGACUCUUGGUGGUCUUCCUGCACCGGUGUAUUUCGGAGCCCUGAUUGAUUCAACUUGCCUGAAGUGGUCGAUCAAGAAGUGUGGUGGCAGGGGGGUAUGUCGCAUCUACAACUCUGAGAUGUACAGGAUCAUCUUCCUGGGUCUGAUCACUUCCCUCAGUGGUUCCUCGUAUUUCUUCAUCAUUGCCGUCAUCGUCCUCCUCAGGCGACAGUUUCGAAAAUCAGAGCGAGGAAUAGAGACGCAGGACACAAAGGCUUCAAAGGCAAUUGAACUUCGAGCCACAUUAAAUCCCACCGAGGACCAGCCUGGCGCUCCAAAAACUCCCAAAUCGCUUCAAGCUCCCAAAGUUUGGGUACGGAUCGCAACAGAACUGGAGGAGGGAGAGGAGGUUCACAGAACUGAGCAGCUCCUUCGAGAUGGCAGCUACACAAAUAACAUCCUGACAGAGACCACUGUUGAGUUUACUCCUCUUCCAAGUGAGGAAGCAAAGAUAGAGAUGGACGGGCUGGAGCCAGGGGACGAGGUGGAAGAGGCAAAAGAUGAGGUUUGCAAGGAGACAAAAGAGGACAAUCUCACAGAUGACAAGGAGUUAGAGAAAGAAACAACACACUGCAAAGAAACGGAUGGCCCACAAAACUAAGGUGGGCACCAAUGUGGUCUCAAACACUGGGACCUUUCUAGAAAUGUUACUGAAUUGGGCCAAAAGUCACAUUUACCUGGAUUUUCAAGAGGGAAUGCUUUUUCAUCUGGGCUAUAGCAUGCUCUUCCUCUUUUAUUAAAGCUGUUGUAUUGAAUUAGAAAACCCGAUUUCACAGCUGUAGAAACAUAAAAAUGGAAUAUGUUGACUCAUGAUUACACAACAGCCGUGCAAGACCCAAACUGAAAAACAUUAUAGAGGAAACUUCUCGGUCAAAAUGAAUGUUUUUUUCUUUUUAUGCCAAUAAAUUAAUCCUUCAAUGUG